UCACUGCGCUUUUACGCAGACACUUUUACACAGACACUUUGCCCAGCAGCAGAGUGUCAUGCAGAACGUGGUUGGAUGAAUGGGUUGCAGAAACACCAGACUCGAAGCUACAAGAUGAUCCUGCUUCUCGGUCUGAUGGCUUUUCUUUGGGUUGAAACGGCUCAAUGUCUGGAGGAAGAUGAAGGUUUCACUUUUGAAGGAGAAAUCCGCCACUUGGCUGUGGCCACCAACACGGUUUACAUCUCUACAGACGAGAAGCUGUACCAGCUGAGCCACGACCUGAGGCUGGUCCGCAGUCUGAUCCAGAGAGGGACUCUGAAGGACGGAGACCAGCAGGGCGAAAAGGAGUUUCACCGGGUUUCUGACACGAAUGCAUUGAAUGCAAACUUGAGCAUUAACCUCUUAUUACCAUUUGUUAAGAAUGACACGCUGGUCACCUGCGGUGCCCCUAACAACAGUUGCGGUUACUGUGAGGUUCUGGACCUGAAGAAUAUUUCUAACCUUGUUUACAGUGAAAACAUCCAGAUGGGACCCCUGAAGCGCAGCAACGCGUCCAUCAGCCUUCUGGUGGAUGUGAAGAAAAACUCAGGUCUGACAGAAACUUAUAUUCUGACGGCCAUUGAGAAACGUAAAGAUGAGUCUAAGGAGAUCAAGUGCAGCUCCAACAUCGAGACCAUCAACCUUCACAACGUGAUUGACAGACAGGAUGGAGGCAUAUUUUCUUUACAGGGUGGCUCUGAAUAUGCUGUGAUCAAAAGUGAAGGAAUUGUGGAGUUUGUGGACGGAUUUCAGAUCAACUCAACAGUGUAUCUGCUCUCCAACGUGCGUUCAAGCGAUCAGAACAACAAGGUCCAUCUCAGUUGGUUUGUGAGUCAAACAAGUAAAGUGGACACUUUGAAGUCUCUGCGGGGCGUUUAUCUCAGUGUCUCUGAUGGAGGUGAAGGCAGCAGACUGCUGGCCUCCUCGGUCAUCUCUGAUGGACAGCCGGUGCUUUGGAGCGGUGUGUUCAGUGUGGACGGAGGACAAGCCAACACGGAGCUGGUGGUGUUUGACAUCAGUCCUGAUCUAAGCAUCGCGACCAACACAAAUCCACACUUCACCACCAAGGAGCACAAAGUGUCACAACUUAAGACCCUGAGACCGAAGACGGUGCUCUUCAAGCAGACCUUUAUGACCUCUGUGGCGGCAGUGAGGCAGAAGGCCUGGAUGGUUUUCUUCAUUGGAACAGGAGAUGGACAGCUCAUCAAGCUUGUUGUGGACAGGAACUAUCACCCCGCCUGUCCUGAGGUGCUGUACAGGGCCAGUGAUGACCGCAAAGUGUUUCCCAAAAUACAUCUGGACCCAGUGGAUCAUAAACACGUGUAUGUGCCAUUUAGAAACCAGAUCAAGCGUGUAUCUGUGUCCAAGUGCAGCACGUACACAAGUUGGGAGAAGUGCUGGUCUGCACAGGAUCCAUACUGUGUCUGGUGUGACUCUAAACGAAGCUGCAUGUUUGAAGAUGAAUGUCCAGAUUCAAACUGGUUGUCCAUCCCAGAUGAAUCUCAACAGAAGAUUGUUUCCCACAAACUCAUAAAGAACCCGACUGGAGAGAUCAACUUAAUCAUCCAGAUACAUGUGACUGUGGCAACAACAGGGCUGUCUAACUUCGCCUGUCAGUUCUCUACAACUUCUAAGGAGCCUUGUACGAAAAAUAACCCUCCACCAGCAUUUCCACGAUGCACCUGCAUUCUCUCUGAUGACACACUUCCUGCUGACGGUCUGGAUCUCACAGUUAAGAUGAGACUUGGGACAAUACAUCUGUCAGAACAAUUGGAACUAAUCAACUGCUCUAAUAUCCAUGGACAACCAAGUCCUCGUUUGUGUCGGCGGUGCAUCAAUGCUGGAUGUGGCUGGAGCCACAAUCGCUGUUCAUGGGCCAAUCAAGAAAUACAGAAUGACAGCGUUUGCCAAAAUAUGACAACAGGGAUGAACUUUUCUCAGCCGGAGAUCACCUCCAUCACUCCCAGUGUUGUGUCUUUCUACGGCACAAACCAUGCUUUGUUGUCAGGUCGUAACCUUCAUAGUGUGAGCAGUGUGAGGAUCCAGAAAGACCUGAGUUGUGCUCCACAGGAAUCUCCUGUAUGGAACAACACUGGUACCAGUCUGACGUUUCACAUUCCCAGUACAGAAACAAAAGGCGUGGUCAAAGUGUGCAUGCUCCUCCCGGACGGUAGUUGCCACGGCAACGCUGAUAUCACCUAUCAGUCACUGCCAAUCUGCAACAAAAUGACACCAAGCAGCACCUGGAUCAGUGGGAACAGGAAGGUUAUACUCAUAGGAACUCGCCUGAAUCUUGUGGAAGGGCUCACACUCAGCCAUGCUCCACAUGAAGUUGUACUUCCCACAAACAUUAGCUCUCAGAGUCUCACAUAUGAAACCCCUGCAGCUGGUCAGACGAUUCCCAGCAGCUUUGUGCGUUUGAAGGUUGCCAAUCAAACCUUGGCCUGCUCUAUAACUUUAACCUACCACCCAGAACCGCAGUUUACCAGCUUCACAUCUGCAAGGACAGGCGAGGACAUCCGCAUUAUUAUUCAAAAAAAGGGAGACAAACUGGAAAUGACAACAGCAGACUUGUUAGUGUGGGGCAUGCAGAAUGAGCAUGAUUAUCCCUGCAUCAUGGAAACCAAGGAAAGUAGUAACGACACCGAUACGUUCAUCUGUGACAUCCAGAGCACACCCCAAGUAAACUUUCAGCAGCUGAAGAUACGAUAUGGAGAUAAGACAAUAAUCCUGAACAAUCAUUAUCAGCCAUUAUUCCUUUUCAUGCUGUUGGCUCUUCUUCCAAUUCUGUUCAUUAUUGUUGUGGUGGGGAUUAUGUUCUACCGAAGACAAACGAAGAACUUCACUAGUAGGAUGAACAGGUUCAUGGAAGAUGUGGAGCUCAACGUUAGGAAUGACAUCAGACAAGGUUUCGUGGACCUGCAGAUAGAAAAGGCAGAUCUGAUGGAAAAUGUCGGAGCGAUUCCUUUCCUGGACUACAAGCACUUUGCUUCCAGGACCUUCUUCCCAGAGAGUGAAACUUUGAUGGCAUUGUGUAUCAAAGACAUUGGUCAGGAUGUGGUGAAGACUCAGCUUGAUGAGUGUUCCCAGAGUCUGUCCAAGCUGAUCCAGGACCAGCUCUUCCUCACCUCCAUGGUGCACACUCUGGAGGAGCAGAAGAGUUUCACUAUCAAAGACAAGUGUGCGGUGGCAUCUCUGCUCACCGUAGCGCUUCACAGCAACUUGCCGUACCUGACGGAGGUGAUGGAAGUUCUGCUCAAAGAUCUGAUGCAGCAGAAAAGCAACGCACAGCCCAAACUGCUGCUACGACGCACUGAAUCCAUAGUGGAGAAGCUGCUGACCAACUGGAUAUCCAUCUGCCUUUACGGCUUCCUGCGGGAAACCGUUGGCCAGCACCUGUUCCUCUUGGUGAGCGCUCUCACGCAGCAGAUCGCUAAGGGCCCGGUGGACUCGGUGACGGAGAAAGCUCUGUACACACUCAGCGAGGACUGGCUACUGUGGCAGGCUCAGGACUUCAGCUCCCUGAAGCUGAAGGUGCUGUUUGCGGUGGGCAGUGACGGGGAGGUCAGCGAGCCUCUGGAGGUGGACGCCCUCACCUGCGACACGGUCGAGCAGCUCAAGGAGAAGAUCCUUUCUGCCUUCAAGUCCAAGUUCGGUUUCCCCUACAAUUCUUCCCUCAGAGAUAUUUGUAUUGAGUACGAGAAGGAAGGGUUGUUCAUUCCUCUUCAGGAAGUGGAUGCCACCUCUGAGGUUAUUGAGCAGGUGACGAUGCUCAACACCCUAAAACACUACAAGGUUAAUGAUGGAGGGACGAUCAAAGUGCUUUCAACUAAGACUCAUCCUCCUCUGAGCCCUCAGCCGAGCGUAAAAGAUGACGAGGACUUCUCCGGAAAAUACUUCCAUCUGAUUGAUCCGGAUGAAGACGGGGACCAAAUGAAGAACCCUGAGGGGAAGAAGUUGAAGCUGAAAGAAGUGCACCUCACUAAGUUACUCUCCACCAAGGUGGCGGUGCAUUCGUUUGUGGAGAAGCUGUUCAGGUCCAUCUGGGGGCUGUCGCAGAGCAAAGCUCCAGCUGCUGUCAAAUACUUCUUUGACUUCUUAGAUGCUCAGGCAGACAACAUGAAGAUCACCGACCCAGAUGUGCGGCACAUCUGGAAGACCAAUAGUUUGCCGCUGCGCUUCUGGAUCAACAUCCUGAAAAACCCCCAGUUUGUUUUUGACCUGGAGAAGAGUCCUCACAUGGAUGGCUGCCUGUCCGUCAUCGCUCAGGCCUUCAUGGACUCCUUCUCUCUGAGUGACAUCCAGCUGGGGAAGCACACACCGACCAACAAGCUGCUCUACGCCAGAGACAUUCCCAAAUUCCAACAGGAAGUGAAGACUUACUACAAACAGAUCAGAGACCUGUCGCCCAUCACAGACGCUGAAUUCAGAGACUUCCUGCAAGGAGAGUCAAAGAAACACGAAAAUGAGUUCAAUGAAGCUGCAGCCCUCAGAGAACUCUACAAGUUCAUCCUGCGCUACUUCACACAGAUCAAAGAGAAGCUGGACUACAACGGAGCCCCCGCUGAGCUGACGGAGCAACUACAGCACGUCAAAGAGUCAUUUGACAACCUUAAGAGCUGCUCCUGGAGCUGAGUCACGACUCCAUGAACUAUGACUCAGUAAGAGAAGAGACGACUGUCGGGAGCAGGACUGAUGAGGUCGCAUUUAUCAUCUGCAGCCACGGACACGGAGCAGAGUUUCAACACGCUCAGAGGAACUGACGACCGUGUUGGGAAACAACCGAAAUUUCUCUUAUGUCAGAUGAGGAAAGAAAAGACUUUCUGCCCUGAAGCCACACGACUGUGCUGGAAGCUGAGACCUGGGACGUGUUUGACUUGGGUUAAAAGCUUUGACAUAAACUUCCAAUGAAACCAUUUUCAGUUCUGGAUCUGCUCAAUAAAAAGCAGCAGCACUGAUGAAGUUAAUGACCGGAUUCCAAAUGAGUCACAACAAAAGUUGAGCAUUAAAAUCUUUUAGUGGUAAUAUAUUUACAGUCUGUACAAUGAACCUGUAAUUUACCGCCCUGCAUGUCCUUUAACACCUAAUCAUUUUUCUACAAUGGCUCAAGAGCAAAUGUAAACAAUCAAUACAAAAUUAAACCCUGAGAAUGUCAAAUUUCAUAUUUUGUAAAUCUUUUGCACAUGUAAACUGGACGGGGAAAAAACUGUUUUUUUUUAAAUAAUGUUUCUAUUUCCAUAAAAACACUUCUGGUGCAAUUGAUUGUGGAAGCGU